CCUCUUGCUACCACAUCGAGGCUCCCUGCCUAUCUCGCCGCUCCUGUCUGUCGCAUUUCCUCAAGAGCCAGACGACGGGGUCUCGAAGGGUCGAAGGUUCUGCCCUGAAAGCCACGACCUCAACCUUCGAAGCCCCUUCAGAUUUUCAACAAUAUCUACGAAACAACAUUUCUGACUAAACAUACCGCUAACCAGGAGCACAUCGGCCGGAGGACAAGAUAUUCGCCUCCCGUUUGGCAAGAAAAUCGCUGGGAAAAAAUUGCGAGGCACAAAGCGCGGGUCAUCAGGAGUCCCAGUACGUGUGUGUGCAUAAGAGAGACAAAGACAGGCUGUGUGUGUUUUGAGAGUGUGUGUGUGAGCUCUGAAGCAUGCCAGGGUGCUGGAAGGGUCCUGUCUAACCUGGUGAGGAGCCGAGGUGUCCGUGUCCCAUGCCCGAGCGGCCAGAGCAGCCAUGGCACACAGGAACCCCCCCUCGCAGGGAGGCAAGGUGACUGUAGCAGUGGAUGAGUACAGCUCCAACCCCACGCAGGCAUUCACUCACUACAACAUCAACCAGAGCAGGUUCCAGCCCCCGCACGUCCACAUGGUGGAGCCCAUUCCCUACGACGCCCCCAAGCCCUCUGGUCACACUCGCUUCGUGUGCGUGUCGGACACGCACUCGCGGACGGAUGGCAUGCAGAUGCCCUAUGGAGACGUUCUCUUGCACACUGGAGACUUCACCGAGCUGGGACUGCCCUCGGAGGUGAAGAAGUUCAACGACUGGCUAGGAAGUCUGCCGUAUGAGUUCAAGGUGGUGAUAGCAGGGAACCACGAGCUGACGUUUGAUAAGGAUUUCAUGUCGGAGCUGGUGAAGCAGGAUUACUACCGGUUCCCCUCUGUGUCCAAGCUGCGUCCAGAGGACUUUGAUGAUGUCCAGGCGCUCCUCACCAACUGCAUCUACCUCCAGGACUCAGAGGUCACCGUCAAGGGGUUCCGGAUCUAUGGCUCGCCAUGGACGCCGUGGUUCAACGGCUGGGGCUUCAACCUGUCUCGAGGCCAGUCUCUGCUGGACAAGUGGAACCAAGUUCCAGAGGACAUCGACAUCCUUAUGACCCAUGGGCCUCCUCUUGGGUUCAGGGACUGGGUCCCUAAGGAGCUGCAGAGGGUGGGCUGCGUGGAGCUGCUGAACACGGUGCAGCACAGAGUCCAGCCCAAACUCCACGCCUUCGGAGGGAUACAUGAAGGGUAUGGCAUUAUGACGGACGGAUGCACAACCUUCAUCAACUCCUCAACCUGUACAGUCAGCUACCAGCCUACCAACCCCCCCAUUGUGUUCGACCUGCCCAACCCCUAGCCUCAACACGGCGCACCAAACCAGCAUUUUUAUAUCAGAUGAAGACUUGUACUCAAUGGUAUAUCUACAAGAUAUUUGUCUUUUUUUGUAAACCUGCUUGUAAGAUACAUGCAUGAUAAUACUGGUCUGUGGAGGUUAUGCUGAUUGACGAUCGGAGCUUUGUGAAUAUUACAGCUGUUUCAGUAAUGCUUGGUUUUACAGUCUUCUCCAACCAUGUAUUUACUCAGGAAUGAUAUCGAGGAAUGGUAAUUUGUCAGACGAUGGCACAGAUACAAUUUUGGUUUCUUUGCAAUUUGUAAAAAAUGUUUUACCUAGUAGUUGAAUUGACCAAUGUAAAAAGCAAAUGACUGAGUAAAUACUUGGUAAGUGCCAGCUGAAAUCAGGCUGCCAAACAAGGGGUUAACUAUAUUUCCACUUUGUUAGCAUUGCCAGGUCCAUUUGAUGUACCCUUAUAAUCAUCAUCCCUUCUGCCAGGUGCUAUAGCUUGGUCUACCAGCAGGGAUGCUGUUCUGGCGUGGUGCCUCCAGCUCACACCAUUAUUAAGCUGUCUUAUAAAGACAUGGUACUUGCAGUAUAAGCUGUUAGUUAGACUGGUAGGCAGCUACUCUGCCUGGGAAAGGUACUCUCAUCAGACAUGCCUCACCUCAUACAAGCCUGUAUGUCGAUAAUAGAACAUGCAUCUGGCCAUUAACUUCUAAGUUAUUGAGUUAUAAUUUUGUAAUGUUGCACCUGACCAAUCUUCUCAGAUCUAGAAGCCAGCGAAGCCAUGCUUGAAGGGUUGUCUCUCAACGUUAAUACUAAAUCAGAUUAUAGCAUUUAACUUUGUUUUCAGAUUUGAUAUCUGUGUUCAACUAACACCAGCUGACUUGUAUGUUGAAUACUUGUCCAAGCACGGUUGGAAAACUCUCUAAAUUUUCUUUUAUUGAUUUGUUUCUUCCCAAGUUAUUGCACUGUGUGAAAAAGCAAUCUUGCUAGCACAAAAAAAGAAGUUGCCAUUGGUCGUCCUCUCUGUCAUUGUAAAUGCCUGUUUAGUUUCCUGGUUUUUGAAACAUCUUUUUUUAUUGUGAUGAAUUUAGUUGACUUUAUAUGCAAAUAAAAUUGCAAGAUUUUUACUGAUUGAA